GACCGGCGCCUGAUGAUGAGCGUUAGCAUUAGCAUUAGCAUUAGCUUUAGCAUUAGCUUCAUGACUAGCCCGUGGGUGUAAACAUGUGAAGAUGUCGGAGUGUGCGGACAGUGCGCUGUCUGCGGCGCAGCUCAGGGACAUGGACGUGGACGCGAUUGACGAUAAGGAGUUUGACAUUCCUCAGGUGGACACCCCUCCCACUCUGGAGAGCAUCCUCAAUGAGCUGGAGGAGGAGGACACAGCCUUUGUGCUGGAGGACACCUGUUUGUUAAACACAGAUAACAUGGACGCUCACUCCUGCGACACCUCGUCUCUGGCCAGUUCAGACAGUGGAGACCCAGCCAACCUCAAACGGAGGAAGAAAACCCUGGACAUGAACGCCUCGGUUCAUGGUUCUGUUCUGAGACACAGUUUGCUCAAAGGCAUCUCGGCACAGAUUGUGUCAGCUGCUGACAAAGUUGAUGCCGGUCUGCCCACUGCUAUAACAGUGGCCGGGGUCAUCGCUGUGGGGACGUCUCAUGGUCUCGCUCUGGUGUUUGACAGUAACCAGGCUCUCCGUUUGUGCCUGGGGUCCAAGAGCACCGGAGGAGAGUUUGGAGCCGUCUCCGCCCUGAGCAUCAACCACGACUGCACCAGACUCCUCUGCGGCUUCGCCAAGGGACAGAUCACUAUGUGGGACCUGGCCAAUGGGAAACUCCUGAGAACUAUCACAGAUGCCCAUCCUCCAGGAACAGCCAUUCUGCACGUGAAGUUCACAGACGACCCGACCCUGGCUGUGUGUAACGACAGUGGAGGCUCUGUGUUUGAGCUCGCGUUCAGGAGGGUGAUGGGCAUGCGCUCGUGUGACUCCAGAUGCCUCUUCAGUGGCUCUAAAGGAGAGGUGUGCUAUAUCGAACCCCUCAGGACUCCUCCAGACUUCAGAGAUCACCCCAUCACUCAGUACUCUCUGCUGGCCAUGGCCUCGCUCACAAAGAUUCUGGUGAUCGGAUUAAAACCGACUCUCAAAGUCUGGAUGACCUUUCCCUACAGCAAGUCCGAGCCCUCGAGUGUCCCUCAGCUCGCCUGGCAGUUUGUCCCUGUUCAGAAGAUGGUCAACCCCGUCCUGGCCUUCUGUAAAGGAGACACCGUCCACUUCCUCCUGGUGAAGAAGGAGGAGUCUGGGACCAUCCAUGUGAUCAAACAGAAGCAGCUGCAGCUCAGCUGUGACCUCAUCAGCCUCAGUUGGAUGAACAGCCGGACUCUUGCUCUGGUGGACAGUCAUGAGAAGCUUCAGGUGGUGGAUAAGCCCAGUCAGGAGGUCCUGGAGAUCAUGGACCUGGAGCAGGUUCAGCUCGUUUACAACAGCCGACAUUUCAAGUCUCUGGCCACAGGGGGCAAUGUGUCCCAGGCUCUGGCGCUGGUCGGGGAAAAGGCCUGUUACCAGUCAGUGUCCAGUUACGCCGGACAGGUCAUUUAUUUGGGCACCAAGUCUGCUCACAUGAUGACGCUGAGGAGCUGGAGGGAGAGGAUCGACUGUUUGCUGAAGCAGGACAGUUUCGUGGAGGCUCUCUCUUUGGCCUGGUCUUUUCAUGAGGGCACUGCCAAAGCUGUAGUCGGCCUCUGUGGAGACCCGGUCAAACGCAGAGGAGUCGUGGGCGAUAAGAUGGUGGAGAUACUUUUGCUGUUCACGGAGCACUCUCUGAAGAAGUGUCCAGAUCAGGGCAAGAUUCAAGUGAUGGAGCAGCACUUCCACGACAUUGUCCCGGUCCUGGUGGAUUACUGCCUCCUGCUGCAGAGACUGGAGCUGCUGUUUAACCAGCUCUACGGCCGCCUGCAGGAGAACGUCGUGGCGAAGGGCGUUUUCCUCGAGGUCUUGGAGUCCUACAUCGUGGCAGAUCGUUUGGGUCAUCUAACCACGCCCAUUAUGAGGGACCUCCUCACCCAUUACCACGGCAACGGCAUGAUGGACAGCCUCGAGAGGUGCAUCGUGCAUCUGGACGUGACCAGUCUGGACAUUCAACAGGUGGUGAAUGUCUGCUGGGAGAAUAAACUCUAUGAUGCCAUGAUGUACGUCUUCAACAGCGGCAUGAACGAUUACAUCACGCCUUUAGAAAAACUCUUCUCUGUGAUUGGUCCUCCUCUCCGAACGGGGCGGAGUCUGACGGAUGAAGAAGUGAUAAUGGGGAACAAGGUCCUGGUUUACAUAAGUUGCUGUCUGGCUGGGAGGGCGUAUCCUCUCGGAGACAUCCCUGAAGACCUGGUGACGCAGGUGAAAAACCAGGUCUUUGACUUCCUGAUCCGGCUGCACUCGGCUGACUCCACAGAGGAAGAGGAUUUGUUCCCUUUUAUUCGCACUCUUCUUCACUUUGACACUCGAGAGUUCCUCAACGUCUUGGCUAUGACGUUUGAAGACUUUAAGAACGACAAACAGGCUCUGGAGUAUCAGCAGAGAAUAGUCGACAUCCUCCUGCAGGUGAUGGUGGAUAAUCCCGACUUCACUCCGUCUCAAGUCGGCUGCCUCUUCACGUUCUUGGCUCGACAGUUGGCCAAACCGGACAACACACUGUUUGUCAACCGGAAUCUGUUUGAUCAGGUGCUGGAGUUCCUGUGUAGUCCUGUGGAUGACUCCAGACACACUGAAAAGCAGCAGGUGCUGCUGGAGCUGCUUCAGGUCGGCGGAGUGGUGCAGUUUGACGAGGAAGGACUCCUGACUUUAGCUGAAAAGGCCAAGUUUUUCCAGGUGUGUGAGUUCUUGUAUGAGAAGAAGCACCUGUACGACAGAAUCAUUGACUGCUACUUGAACGACCCUCUGCGGAAGGAGGAGAUCUUCAGCUACGUGCACAACCUGCUGUCUAUGCCAGGAUACAGCGCCGAGGAGAAACAGGCGGUGAGGGACAAGGCCCUGCAGCACAUCCAGGAGCUGGUGCGGCUGGAUCCACAGAAGUCCUCAGACCUGGUGCUGUUUCACUUUUCAGAUGAGGUUCAGUCCAUUCUGUCUGUUCUGCAGGAGCCGCAGCUUCAGUUCGCCCUCCUCGGCUGUCUCCUGGGACCGAGAGACGGCCCCUGUCUGGCCCCCAGCCUGGCCCAGGACCUGGCUCUGCACGAGCUCUUGUUGGAGCUAAUGUGUCGCUUUGGCCCUGAGCAGCUGCUGUGUUUCCUGCAGAGCUGUCAGCAGUACAGACUGGAGGAGGCCGUUCAGAUAACUUCCAAGUACCACCACAGUGAGGCGACGGCGUACCUCCUGGAGAAGAAGGGUGACGUGCACGGGGCCUUCAACAUCCUGCUGGAGACGCUGAAGGAGAAGCUGAACGUGCUGACGGCCAAUCAGACUGAGGGGGGUCCUGAGGGGGAGGAGCCUGAGGAGGAGCACGCUCACAAACACCUGGAGGAGGCUCUGAACACUGUGAUCGAGCUGUGUCACCGGAGCUCUCAGGGUCUGAACCAGCAGCAGACUGAGGGUUUGUGGUUCCCUCUGCUCGAGGCCAUGAUGGCGUCACAAAAGAAUGUGGCCGGAGCGAGCAGCAAACACACGGCUGAAGUUCUUAAGGAGCUGACCAUGAAAGUUCUGAACAGCAUGAGCAGUUUCAUCUCUCUGCCAGUGAUCAUCCAGAGAAUACUGCAGGAUCCUGUUUAUGGAAAGGGAAAACUGGCAGAAAUCCAGGGUCUUAUCCUGGGAAUGCUCGACACGUUCAACUAUGAACAGACGCUGCUUGAGACCACGACGAGUCUGUUGAACCACGACCUCCACUGGUCCCUGGCUCAUCUCCACCUCACAGUGAAACGAGGCCUCCACCCGCGACAGGACUCCUGCACCAUCUGCCUCCAGCAGUACAAGUGGAAACACAACAGCACCGAGCAGAUCAUCGUCUUCAGCUGUGGACACUUGUACCACGUCCAGUGUCUCCAGCAGAAGGACUGUGGUUUGGGACAGUUUCCUAAAAACAGAGAGUGGAGCUGUUACAAAUGCUCGAGUCAGGGGGGGCGCUCUGUGGCCCCCAGCCAGACCAAGAGAGAGCGCCCCAUGGACCCCAGCCAGCCCAAGAGGGGGCGCUCUGCCUCUUUAGCUCAGACACGAGUGACAUCUGUCCAUCAUGAGUCUGAUUCUGAGAGAAAGAAGUUUUUCGUUGAGGCCACAUUAGACCAUCAUCAGGAGCAGUCGUGGGACCAACUGCGCAGUUUGUACCGAGGUCCUUCUCGGCUGUCCAUCCUCUCAGAGCUCACACACAGCUCCGACCGACCUGGACUCCUCAUGUCUGCGCAGACGGGAGAAGACUUCCAACUCAAACUGUCACCACCCCCUCUGGUGGAGGAGUGAAGAACUGCACACAGACUAAACCAACACCACCCCCUCUGGUGGAGGAGUAAAGAACUGCACACUUGAUUGAUAAACGUCUGUCCGUCUGUCUCUGCUCUACAUGAAAACAUAACGUCCAUAAGUUUAAUAAUUUAAUCUUAAAACUAAAUCAUGUUUCUCAUUUCUGUUUUAAUGAAGAUCAAAUGAUUUACAGUGAAGUUUAAGAGAAUGAUUUUUAAAAUGUUUGUUUCACUGUUUAAACAGAUGAUGCAUUAAACUGCUGUAAAUGUUUUAAAGACGUUUCACUGAAACAUGGACUGAAACGGGGCUGUGCACCACCUGCCCUUAUGAAGAUGUUCUUGCUUUGCAUAGAAUGUUCCACAGUGUGGCAUUCAGCAUAACAUUUAUUGGAUUGCAUUCAGUUACAUUUAUUUGAACCAGUCCUGUUGAGCUUGAGUCUCUAUGGUUCUCAUCUCUGUGGAUCAGUCUGUUAUAAUUUACACAUUUAAAUCACAACAUUCAUCUAAAACCACGUAAGAAAAGAAACAAAAAAACUGCAGUGUCCAGUGGAGCUGAUGUCGCCGUAAACGUCGUCACAACAAAGCGCCUCACGCUGUAGCGCCCCCUAUGGACAGAUCACACCAGAGCAGCACGUUUUUUACAUUUGUACAAAAAUGACGACGUGACGCUGCAGAAUCUACGAGUAUCAACGAUUAAGAAAAUAAAACUGGAGAAUGAAGAGCGUUAGUGGACGGGUGAUGGACCGGGACAGUUUCAUAUUUUAAAUGUAAAUUUAAGUUUCUGUGACUAAUCUUCCAUCAGCUCAUGGAAAUUUAAUCUGUGUCUUUAAAGUCGGUGAAAUAUAAAGCCCGUCCUGGCUCAGACGAGUGAACUCUGAUUAACAUUCCAGACCAGAUGUGCCGCCCACAGCUGUCGGAGCCGCGCUCACACAAAGGGACGGGCAGCACUUUGAUCCCGAGUCCUCGCCGCUGUCCUGCCCUUUAAAGACGUCCAGAGAGGGGGACGACGGGGGACAGGAGCGGGACAGGAGCGGCCCCUUUGAUCCCAGCUCCUCACACAUGAACAUCGACCUGGACACGUCCACAGAGCUUCAGUGAAGCUUCAGUGAAGCUUCAGUGAAGCUUCAGCUUCUCGUCCUGAUAAAGCAGCUCCUGUGGUUUGAACUGAACUUCUACAGAGUCUGAGUUUACAGAACAAACUUUGAUCCAUUGUGAUGUGAAUGUCAUUAAGAGUUUAUUCUAAAGUUAAAUAUGCAUUUAACUUUAGAAUAAAGUCACGUACAGAGAAGGAACAAGGAAAAGUAGUAAAGUACUGUACUCGAGUAAAGAUAAUGUUCUUUAUUAUGUGAGACCUGAUGAAAAGACUGAAUGACUCUGUAAAAAUAAACCCUG